AAUACCUACUCUAAAAUAGCUCAAGAUCGGUGUUUUUAGGGUUUGAAACAAAGUGGAAAGCUACUCAAAAACAGCUCAAGAUCGCUAUUUUAGGGUUUGGAAGAAAGGAGAAAGCGUAGCAGAUAACGAUGGGUGGCGGUGGCUUUGGAGGGAUGCAAUCAGCUUCUUGCGAAGCUGAAGACAAAGAUGGGCUUCUGGAGAACAUAUGGAUUCGAUUUCUUGCGGGGGUCUCUGAAAGAUCCUGCAUAACCUCAGAUGGGCAAACUCGGGCUACAGACCUUGCAGAGGAGGAAGGAGUAAUCAUCAGCUCUUUUAAAGAAAAUCAAAUCUCUGUGAAAGGAAACAGGGGAAAUCAGAUUGAGUUGCCAUUACAGCAGCAAUCAGAAUUUAAUUAUGGUGGAUUGUCAUCAGUAGAAGAUUUCGAAACCCUCCCUUACCUUGAAGAACAGAGUAGAUUGCCAUCAGUUGGAAACAUGCCUAUUCCCAUGGCGGCUAAGGUAAGAACCUGUUCUCCAAUUGAAGAAUCUGAGCAUUUAAAUGUGAGUGCCGCCAUUCCUGAUAAGAAAGCUGGGAUUUUGCCGAAACAGGGGGGAAUAGAAAAGCGUUACAGAGGGGUUCGGAGGCGUCCAUGGGGGAAAUUUGCAGCGGAAAUAAGGGAUUCGACGAGGCGAGGCACGAGGCUUUGGCUGGGCACAUUCUCAACUGCAGAAGCGGCAGCCAUGGCGUACGACAAAGCUGCUUUCAAAAUGAGGGGGCCUCGCACAUUCCUCAACUUUCCAGUUGAAGUUGUGUGUAGGGCAUUGGCGCAUGACCUCAAUUCGGGAACAACCGUCUCUCACCCCAGUUCUGAUAUUUUGUGCAGAAAAAGAGGAUCUUUGGAAGAGGAGCAGCAGCCACAGAUGAAACGAUUCAAAAGCCAGCCGCAAAUUUGGACUUGUGAUGGCGUUGCUGAUGAUAUUUUCGGCUCAUUCGAAUUGGAGACAGACAUGAGUACGGAUUAUUGGGAGGAAUUGCUUCUUUCUGCUGAAACUAACGAACCCCAGGCCUUGUUAAAUCCACUAAUGACUAUCCCACUAGGAUGUAUCAAUGCAUAA